AUGGCGCAACCUCAGCAGCAGUUUCCAAUGCCUCCGAGGCCAUACUCCCCCCCACAGAAUGCGGCUUCCCCUGGCGCCCAACAGCAGUUUGGCAUGCCGCCGAACAAAAGGCAACGAUUGUCUCCAAACCCAUCAUCACAACCAGGCUCUCCAUACGUUCAGUCACCGUACACUAUGAGUCCGGGAGCUUCCGCGCCGUCAUCAGCAGGAGCUUCGCCUCAUUUUGCGACUGUAGGGAUUCCACAAGGGGUCUACAAUACACCAUACUCGAAUGGACACACUACCCCUUCUCUUACCCUUCCACAAUCACAACCAAACCACCAAUCUAAUCACCAGUCCAAUCAUCAAACCAAUCAUCAACCUCACUUUCAGAGCUCUGUUAACUUCUCUAAUCCUCCCCAUACAAGUCCAAGACCAGAUUUUGGCAACUAUGGCCAGGCUCCACCAUCUGCAGCGCAACCUCACCAAGGCCAAAUAUCGCAUCCGAACCAAGGUCAAGGCACAAUGGGCCCCCCAUCGAAACCUGCAGAGAGGCCAAAGGAGGAUGGAGUCGACGUGAUGGAUGUUCUAGGAGGCACGGGUAUCGAUCUACGAGAAGAAGAGGGGCUACAAUAUACAUUCCAGCUGUACGACAACUCUUUCAACUCUCAGUUAUCAGGUUCCCAGUCUGGCAACAUCUCCUCUGGGCAUAGCUUUACUCAGUUUCCACCGGGAGACGAAGCUUCAUUCUAUGGCGCUGGACCUGCGAACGCUGCUGCCGAUAAAGUUCAUGCAAAAUCGCAAGAUGAAUAUAACAAGAAGUUGGCUGAUCGCGUGUGGAACGAUGCCGCUGCGAAUCUUGCGGCAUCGCGGCAACGUGAGCUUCGCAAUCCAUUUCUCAUAGUCCAGGUCAUUCAAGCCAAGAUGGGAAAGGUUGCUAGAGAGAAUGGACUUUCACUGAACGUGGACAAGGGUGGAAUGAUGGGGACGAUGAAGCUACCAGAGCAUUUUAGUCAGCGUGGUGUUCAAGUGCAGACUCAAGUUGGCCCAGAAAAUACAUUCCUCGCUACCAACGGUACUUUCCUCCCUAUUGACACCAUGCUCGUCGAUCAAGUCGCACUUAUGUCAAUUGCGACGAAGCAUCGCCUGCGAGGCUUGGUGGAGGAUGCUGUCAAACUUGCAAAAGGUCGCCAGACGGGUUCCCACGGCAUAAUUCCCGAGGAUUGGGUUGACGCCGCGGCUCCCAGCAAUGCUGAUACCACUGUUGCUGAUGGUGGUCCUCGAAGCGGAUGGGAGAGUGCAGUCAGCCCGCACUCCAACCCACUUAACCGCUCUGCUGCUAAGCUCCCAACCCCGGUUUCAGAAACUUCCAAGACCCCUGCUGCUCCUGUGAAGAUCACAAACGAAGUUGUCAGCGCUUUACGUGCCUCAGCAGUAAAAGAACGCGACCAGGAAGAAGCACGGUUGCGUAAACGGUUAGCUCGCGCAGCUGGGGAUGGUGCAUCUAGACAAGGCUCGAUCAUCCCAGGCACACCAGGCUCUGUUGCCCCUGACUCAGUGGAAAAGGCCCCUACGAAGAAAGAGCAAAAGAAGAAUGCCGCGGCAAAGGUCAACGAAGCUGCCAACCAUGCGGCUGCGAACACUACAACGGCGCAGUUCUUAGGUGGUGGAGGAGGUUUGUUCGGCAAGAAGAAGAAGUACAGCUGGAUGACGGGCGGCGCACCAGGAGGUGGUGGUAGUGGGGCAAGCACUCCCGGACGUAUCAACACUCAAGGUCUCCCUGGAACGCCUGGUAGUGGUCCAAUUAAUGCCCCUCCUGAAAAGUUGACGGUCGAAGGUGCAAGACGACUGGGACAAUGGAGAGAGGAUAAAGAACGAGGUGUGGGUAUCCAGAUCCGUGAUUGGAUUACUGUCCUCGAGUCCGACGGCCGUGAGAAGAAGGCCCUUCAAAAGCUUUACAUGAAUUUGGACCAAUCAGACCCCAAAUAG